CCGCCGCCGCCGCAACCACAGCAUGUCUCCCGGGCCCGCGUAGCCGGAGCGCCUCGCCGCCGCCGCCGCCUUCUUCUCCGCCGGCCAUGCCGAGCGGCAGCGCCUCGCCGUCGCCUCCCGAAGAGCCUCCCGAGCUGGGAGCGCGGCUGCUGCUGCCGCCGCCGCUGGUGGUGGUGGCGGCGGCUGCCCCGCCCAGGCCGCCGCCGGGCCUGCUGCUCCAGUACCACGCUCAGCCGCCGCCUUCGCCGCCGCUACUGCCGGCUUCCCCUCAGCCGCCGCUGGUGCCGGACACGGGGCUGCUGAGGGAGCGCCUGGCAGGCCUGGGCCUGAGGAGGAGGCAGCGCGGGGACGAGGCCGCCCGGGAGCCGGAGGAAGAAGACGAAGACGAGGAGGAGGAGGAGGAAGAAGAAGAGGAGGCGGCGCCUGAGGAAGGAGAAAGAGGCGGCGGCGGCGGCGGCGACUUGGAGCUGGAUUUGGAGGAGCCGCCGGAGGACGAGGAAGACGAGGCCGCCGAGGAGGAAGAAGAAGAGGAGGAGGAGGAGGACGGCUUCCUGGAGCCCCGGGGAGGCGGUGUCUGCGGCCCGGCCUCUCUGCUGUUGCUGCCCCCGCCGGCCUCCUCCUCGCCGCCGCUUCUGCCCCCGGGACUGGGCUCAGUGCUGCUGCCGCCGCAGGUCUCUGCUCUGCCGCUCGCCGCCGGCUCGGCCUUUGAGGUAGCCGAGGCGGGAGCGCUGGGCGGGGCGCUCUACGGGCCCGGCGACGAUGUCCACGCCGGGGUGAUGGCGGCGAUGCUCUCGCAAUCCUACGGGCCGCCCGGAGCGGCGGCGGCGGCAGCAGCGGCGGCGGCGGCGAUGGUGGCCGGGAUGCCCCCCGGGUCGGUCUUGAACGGCGAGCAGGCGGCGCUGCUGCGAAGGAAAAGCGUCAACACGACCGAGUGUGUCCCGGUGCCCAGCUCCGAGCAUGUGGCCGAGAUCGUGGGCCGGCAGGGUUGCAAAAUAAAGGCCCUAAGAGCCAAAACCAAUACGUACAUCAAGACUCCUGUGCGUGGAGAAGAGCCCGUUUUCGUGGUCACCGGACGCAAAGAAGACGUCGCCAUGGCCAAAAGGGAAAUCCUUUCUGCUGCUGAGCACUUCUCCAUGAUAAGAGCUUCGCGCAACAAGAAUGGCCCUGCUCUAGGAGGGCUGCCUUGUAACCCCAACCUGCCAGGCCAGACUACAGUCCAGGUCAGGGUGCCUUACCGUGUCGUCGGGCUGGUGGUUGGCCCCAAAGGCGCUACGAUCAAACGAAUUCAACAGCAAACCCAUACCUACAUAGUUACUCCCAGUAGAGACAAAGAGCCAGUUUUUGAGGUAACCGGCAUGCCUGAAAACGUAGACCGGGCCCGGGAAGAGAUAGAAAUGCACAUCGCCAUGCGCACUGGAAACUACAUUGAGCUCAACGAAGAAAAUGAUUUCCAUUACAACGGUACAGAUGUCAGUUUUGAAGGAGGAACCCUUGGAUCUGCCUGGCUUACUUCCAACCCAGUCCCACCUCCCAGUCGCGCCCGGAUGAUUUCCAAUUACAGGAACGACAGCUCCAGUUCCCUAGGCAGCGGUUCCACCGAUUCCUACUUUGGAAGCAAUAGGUUGGCUGACUUCAGCCCAACCAGUCCAUUUGGCACUGGCAAUUUUUGGUUUGGGGAGACUUUGCCUUCCGUGGGGGCAGAGGAUCUGGCCGUCGACUCCCCCGCCUACGAUUCCUUGCCAACCCCUUCUCAGACCAUCUGGACACCUUUCGAACCCGUCAACCCACUCUCCAGUUUUGGUAGCGAACCUGCUAGUAAUGUGAAAUCUCCGCGGAAAGGGAGCCAGCCUUCCACCCCUCGCUUGUCGCCAACCUUUCCCGAGACCUUGGAACAUCCCCUCGCCCGCCGAGUGAGAAGCGACCCGCCCAGCACCGUCAACCAGGUUGGCCUUCCCAUCUAUAUCCCUGCCUUUUCCAACGGUACCAACAGCUACUCCUCUUCCAACGGUGGCUCCACAUCUAGUUCCCCUCCAGAGUUAAGACGGAAGCACGACUGCGUGAUCUGUUUCGAGAACGAAGUAAUCGCUGCCCUGGUUCCAUGUGGCCACAACCUUUUCUGCAUGGAGUGUGCCAACAAGAUCUGCGAAAAAGAAGCACCAUCUUGUCCAGUUUGCCAGACAGCUGUUACUCAGGCGAUUCAAAUUCACUCUUAAAUAUAUAGAGAUAUUAUAUAUGGACUUUUUAAACUCUUAAUGGCUUGGAUGUAAUGGUACCCCCUAAGUAAACUUAUAAUGAACUCAGACUGUGAUUGGGGCUUUCUUGAGAUUAGGCUAACAGUUGUUUGAAAAGCAUGUACUCUUUUCCAAAAAAAAAAAAAAGGCUUUGUUCAGUUAACCUUAUAGGCCUAAGCCAAUCUUUCUCCAUUUUGGUUGCAGUUGUGGUACCUCUAGCAAAGUCCCGGAAAGGAGCCAUGGUGUUGUUGGAAGGUCUUUAGGGCCUUAGGUCUGUUUUAAAGAGCAGGGAGCGUACAGUGAGCAUUUGCAGUCUGUCCAGAUCUUGGACAAAGUAUUUCUAGUAACGGCAGUGAAAGCGAAGUCUCGCAUAGCCCCUGAGCGUAGAAAUCCUUAUUGGCGGGAGGGAGGGGGAAAAACGGUGCAAAGGAUCAUGAAUGUUUCAAAAAUAACUUCCAGUGCUGCCUUCUUUACACUGCCAGUUUUUUCAGAGCAGGUUUGGGGGGGGGAUGCGUUAGUUUCCCCCCCCCCUCCCUCUUUACACAACAAUAACAGGCUUCAUUUAUCUAAUGGUUGCAAAUACUUUUGCCGCCCGUCAAUUGGUUUCCUGCCAUUUGAGCGAGCAGUCGCCUAGCGAGAAGUUUUAAGCGGAUCAUGGUUCGUGGAACGAGGGUGAGCCUCUUCUCAUCCAGUAGUAUGCAAUUGGAGGCAUCUUUAAGCGAAUCAGGAAACGUGUGGGUCUUCCAUUGCUGAAGCCUGGGAAAGCCUUCUUUGUUUCAAAUCAUUGCCAAGGGACACGGGAGCUCCGGACACGGGAAGUGGGGGGGUGGAGGAGGAGAGGCACCCCAUUUGUAGCAGUUUGGUUAUUUAUUGGCGGGGAGCAUCUUGGACGAUGCUCUCCACGUGUGAAUUGCUACUACCUUCCAUGGAAAAGAAGGGCCUCCCUUUGUGCCCUCGUGUUCAUCACACCAGAUGAAAUUCACGCUGUGAAUUGUCAUGCCAUGGCGUGUCCGUAGGGAUCCCCUUCCCCACCCAUUUCUGCUUCUUGCGGAUCCACCCCACCCGCUUUGUGGUGGGAGGAAGGGGAAGUCGAGAGGGGUUUGCAUCCCUCAUGUCUAGAACGAGGGCUCUGACAUUCCAUUGGCUCAUGUGAUCAAGGUGUUCUUAACUAUUUUAGCGAAUAUCAAGAGUAUAAGAAAAUGUGAAUCAUUUUUAUGUUACAACCACACUUGCACAUUAUGUGAAACUUGUCUUUUUCAGUUUUAAUCAUAUGGGGGGGGAAUAACAUCCACCGUUUUGUAUCAGUGAUAAAUAGCAGUGACUGAGACCCAGCAAAACGGUUUAUUUCAUUUCAAAACUAUACUUCCCUCUAUCAAAGCGGGGGAAAAAUGACCUUCUCUAUUGAUUUCUUUAAUGUACAUUUCACCCUGUGGAUGUUUCUCCUUCCAGCACUUCAUCCUCAGAAUUUCCCCAAAUCUCUGCUGGUGUUUUUAAAGGAACACUCAGAUGUUCUGAUGGGUUUCAUUUUUCUUCUUCUUCCUCUUCCCUCUUCCUCUCUUUCUCCUUUAAAAAAAAAAACCUUCUGUCUGUCCUUCCUCUUAUCCCCUCUCUUUUUUUGAGCAAUAUCUUCCCAAGAUGAAAUAAUUUUUCUCAGAAUAGCAAAUUCUAUGCGUAUUGAACUAGUGAAUAUACAGAAAUCUUUAUUUUUUAUUUUCCACUUGAAAGAGUUACAUUUCGUAUAAAAAAAAGUUUACAGAUAAUGGUUUUUAUUUUAUGAUUUUUUUUCAGUAUAAAAGUUGCCUUGAUGGCAUAUAAUAUUAUUAUGACAUUAUGAGAUGCAUAACUUUAACGCUAAUAGCUUGUAGGAUAGUUAAAUGUCAGUAUUGAAAUCUUAAUCUUGUCUUGUAGAUAUGAACAAUCUCAUUUACCAAGCAUGUAUUUUGUAUAUUGUUGCAUUGUACACUGCAGCUAAUAAGCCAAGGAUUCAACAUUAGAUGCGUGUACUGUUUCUAUAAACCACAGACUUCAGAAUGACAAAGCUCAAUAUGGUUUAGUAUUUGCUAAUUUUACUACACUCUUUUUGUUAUGUAUAUGUAGAAAGGUCAUAGGGAUUAUAAAUUCAAUUUGAGUAAAGUUUAAAAAAAAGCAUAUAUUUUAUGAUAAAGGGCCUUUAACUUAUGAUGGCCAAAGCACUGAUAUUAUAUAUUUGCUGUAAAGAGAAUUAUAAGAGUUUUAUUUUUCUGAUAUUAAAAAGUUACUUAAUAAAGACUUGUUUCCAUUAA